GCUGUCAUCAAAUACAACUGGAUUUUUUUUUCAUUCGACAGUUUUGAAGUUUGUCUAGAAAGUCAAAAUAAAAAUUUUGAAGUUUAUUAAUCAACUAACAAAAAAAUUGACAAUACGUCUGUCAAAAUAUUGGCGCAAAUUACUUAGCCAAAUUAUUAAAACAGAAAAAUAUAAACAAAAAAUUAUUACUGGGAAAAAAUAAAUUAAUAAAGUAGGCCAGCAGUCAAAGUGAAAAUAAGAAGUUCUUUCAGAAAAAAUACUGACAAUCGAUACAGCGCAAAGCAAAUCACAGCAAGCGCGGUGAAGUAGGCGUCGUAAAAAGACAGACAUACAAAAAAAUAUAUAAAAUAAUUUCGAAGAGGAACAAAAAAAAAAAAACGAAAAUAUUUCACUUCACCAAACGUAUUAAAAAUGUACCAAAAAUAUAAAAAAAAUUACAUAUAAAAAAACAAUUGUAAUAAAUGGAAACUUUAUAUACGAAGAAGUAAAAUAGAUUAUUCUAAAAAAUUGUUUUGUGCGUGAUUUCCAUUACCACUCACUGCCACCGUUGAUAAAUUUAAAGAAUUUACAUACUACUAGCUAAAUGUUCAGUUUUGUUUGACCAUUGAAAAAAUAAAAAGUACGCGUAUCCCGGGGUAAAAUCAAUAUUAAUCAGAAAAAUGUUAUCGCCCGAUACUUUGCAUCACCAGGAAGAGGUUAACUCUGCCCUGGACCGACAAAUUCGUCAGGAUAUACAAGAUAUGGCUCAAGAAGCUCAAAUUCAAGCACAAAUUAUAGCACACGAAGCACGGGAUCGAUUUCAGUCCACCUCUAGCGUUGACGAUGAUACUCAUGAAGAUAUUGAACAUGACGGUGGUGUUACUGUAUUGGGCGUUGUGGAGGAAGACGAUCACCAUGAAACUAUAGUCGAAGAGGACAUUUCCGAACAUGAUAUGUCUGAUAUGCAUGAUACUAAGGAUUACAAAGAUAUGGUUAUAGACUCACAAGAUGGUGGUCUUCCCAGAAAAAGAAGAGGCAACCUGCCGAAACAUUCAGUAAAAAUACUCAAACGUUGGUUGUAUGAACAUCGUUAUAAUGCCUAUCCCAGUGAUGCUGAGAAAUUUACUCUAUCACAGGAGGCAAAUUUAACAGUGCUGCAGGUAUGCAAUUGGUUCAUUAAUGCUCGUCGCCGUAUACUGCCAGAAAUGAUUAGACGUGAAGGUCAAGACCCAUUGCACUUUACUAUAUCUCGUAGAGGUAAGAAACUAAAUUCUUCCAUGAACUCAACGGGCAGUUUAAACAAUUCAGGAAACGCACCAAAUCCUAUAACUGGUAGUCCGGCUUCAGAAGUGAUUGUAGGAGCCACCGAGGAGGUUGAAGGUGAAGAAGUGCAUGAUGGUGUGGCCAACGUAUUGACAGCCUUGGGACAUUUUGUGCAAACGCCGGGUGGACAAAUGGUUAAGGUUGAACCGGAUAUGGAAUAUGACGACAGUGUUAUAUACAGAUCUGAAGAUGAUAGUGUCAAUGAGUAUGAUACCUGUGAAGCUCAAAGCGAAGAGGAAAACACUGGUAAAUUCGAAAGUUCUGAUGCAUGGCAAUCGGUAAUGAAGACUGUUUUCAGUACCGAGGAAGUGACGACCACUAGUCCUACUGCUACAAAUAACACAUAUUGGACAUCUGCGCCGCAUCCGCAUUUGUCACAUCUGCCCCAACAAACCACAAAUGAAAGCACACUAACUACACAAGCCGCAGGUAACACUGGUAUUUCUGCAGUCUCCCAUCAAUCUGCCAAUAUUGUUUUAUCCACUGGUGAAGUCGUUACUGAGUCAGCAUGUGUUGGAGCCGAAGCGACUGUUGUUACUUCACAUACUCCCGGUGCAGGAGGACAUUUAAUGGCUGCCAAGAAUAACAGCAGCUUGCUUAACAAUAGUAACAACGCCCUUCCUAACAGCAUCAACAAUAACACAAUUACCUCUAGUGUACAAAUCAUACCACCCAGCACACAUUUAGUAAAAGCUAUCGCAAAAGAUAAAUUUAAAUGUUUGUAUCUGUUGGUGGAAACAGCGGUGGCAGUGCGUCAACGCGAAAAAGAACAGGAUGAAGAUAUUCAUGUGCUAGGCAAUUGAGUCAAAAUGGAUUCCUCUAUUCACCUCAUCACCACUAUCACUCAUAUCCAAAAGCAUCAAAUCUCCAAGAUUUUAGAAUUUUUAAUUCUUCUAAAAUAUUUUUGUUAUUUUUUUGUAUCUAUUAAAAUGAUUUGGACUUUUUUCUAUACUGCUGUAAUUUUAGAUAUAUGAAAGGAAUAUAGUUCCGUUUCGUUUAAAUUUUUUAAUUUAUAAUCGUAGUAAUGUUUUAAACUAGUUGUUUUUCAAUGAAGAUUUCGAGAUCUCGCCUGUAUUUGUUUUCCAUUUAAUUCACUUUUUAAAAAGCUGUUUCAAUGAUUUUCAUUUUUAGAUAUUCUUAGAUAUUUUAAAUAUUUUUAUUUUCACUUUUUCAUUUUAGAAAUAACGAAAAUCUAAUGAAAUAUUUAUUAAUUAAUAAUAUUAAUUUAAUAUACAUAUAUAUUCAAAAAGAACGCGAGUAUUCGGAAAUUGUAAUAAAAAAUGUGUACAAUAUUAUAAUUAAAACUUAGAAAUCACUUAAAAUUAGAAUUAACUUUAACACUGAAAUUAGGCAAGUAUUUUUGUAUAUAAUAAAUAAAUGCAGCCAAAUAAAGAAA